CUAAACAAAAAAUUAAUAAGGAAAAGAAUAAUUGAAAAUCCCUAAAUCGCAAUUUUGGGAAGAAGGGAAAGGGAUCUCUCAAUCUCUGGCUGUAUCGGAUGGCGUCGUCAAGGGAUCCUUCAAAAGCAGUAGUAAUGGAGAGGAAGAAGAAAGGAGCUCCGAUCAAAUUCUUGGUGCCUCUCAUUUACGCGCCUGCUCUUCCUUUGAUCCGCUUGACUUUGAGGCAUAAACCAGUUCUCAGAGACCGUCUCUUCGGUCUUGUCCUCGCCGGUGCUUUCGCUCAUGGCUUCUAUCUUGUAACGGAUAUAUAUGAUCAAGAGAGCAAAUGAAAAAAAAACUGGGAGUUGCAGCAGCCAUUCAACAAGAGCUCUAUAUUUCUCAGAUGUCUUUGUUUUCAGAUAAAUAAAUUUUGCUUUUGGGUUUAAAUCCCUUGACACAUCAAUCCAUUAGUCAUCUUGUGUAUCAGUUUCUACAUUUUUCAAUCCCAUUCUUGAUUUUUACAUCA